AUGGGUAUGAAAAGCUUCUCUUUAGCAGACAGAAAGCUAACAAGCAGGAUCAUAAUUAACAAGUACAAUAAUAAUAAUAAUACACACUAUGUCAUAUUGAUCGAAAUGAUGAUGACUAGUAAUACAGAAUCAUCAUCUCGUAGCGAUAACAAUAACAACAAUAAUAGCAAAUAUUACAACAACAAUAAUAAUGAUAAUAAUAAUAAUAGUGAUAAUUUAGAAGAUGAAAUACUAAUACAAAGAAAAAAGGUUAGAUUAUACUAUGACAAGAAACUUGGUGAAGUUAGAGUUAUGAACGACGAUGAAGAAGUGGUUGAAGAGAUAACUGAAAAUGAUAUAAACAAGAUCGAUGAAAGUAUAUUUGAUCAUCAUCAAACCAAAGUAAAUCCUGUCAAACAACUAUAUAAUCUGGUGAUUGAACUUCAAACAACCAUCAUUCAACUCAAACGUAAACUUCAAUCAAAGAAUAUAUGUUUUAGUGAUGCAACUCCAAUGUUUGCAUUGAAUCAUUCAUUCUUACAAGAAGAAAAGAUAAAAGAUUUGGAGAAUUUUGUAUCAGAUUACUAUAGAACCUAUCCUAGUCAUGAACGAAUAGCAACUGAUAAGAGGAAAAGAGAUCAAUCUAUGGGUAGAUACAAGAAAGAAGAUGGAGAACAAGACGACGACGACGAUGACGACGAUCAACAAGAUUCAAAACAACAUCAUAAUCCAUUGAUAUUCUAUUACGACGAUUUAUUUGUUCAAUCAAGAUUGGGUGUUCCAAAAUUGGCUCAUGCAACAACUUCCAUACCUUAUAGUUUUGGCAAACUACCAAACUAUGAAAAAGAUAGAAAAUGUUUGGUUGAAGAUGAGGAUGAAAAGGAGAAAAAAUUUGGUGGAACUUGUUUUAAUUGUUCACAAACUGGUCAUAGCGUAUCCGAGUGUCAAUAUCCGGUUGAUCAUAGAAGAAUCAGAAGAAAUAGAAGAAUAUUCAUGGAACAAAAACCAUUACCAGCAGGAAGAUACUUUAAAGCAUCGACUGCUGGAGAUGAUAGUUUAAAUCGACUAAAAGAAAGAUUAGACAAUUUAGAAGAGAAAAUGAAUAGUAGUAGUAGUAGUAGUUCGAGUAAUGGUAACCAAGAGGUCAAACCAAGAGAAAGAGAAAGAGACCAAGACGACAAUGAAACUGAAAAUGGAAUAACAGAUGAUACUACUCCACAGCCUAUAAAAUCUGUAUCAACAUUUGAUAUUAUUAAAAAGAAUCCAAAUAGAAGUUCAAAUACAUUAAGUAGUAGUUCCAAUGAUGGAGAUGAUACCAAUAACAAUAAUAAUAAUAAUAAGAAUAGUAAUAGUAGGCAAUUGUUAAAAAAGUAUGAUCAUAAUAGCGACUUUUUACCAUUCCCAAAAGAAUUGGAUGAGCAGGUUGUCGACGAGUCACCAUACUCUCCAAGUAGUAAUUACAGUCCUCCACCACAAAACGUAUACCAUUACAACUAUUUACAUGGAUCUUCACAACAUCAACAAAUGGUCCAACAUUAUAUCCAACAAUUUGUAUCACAUCAUAAUCAACCACAACAACAACAUCACCAACAACAACAACAGUAUUCACCACAUCACCAACAACAACAACAUUAUCAACAACAUAAUUUACCAGCGCAUUUACAACCUCCUCCUCCUCCCCAACAUUACCGGUCACAACAUGGAUACCCACAACAACAUGAUUCUCCACAACAACAACAUUAUUCACCACAACAACAACAACAUUAUUCUCCACAACACCAUUAUUCACCUCAUCAACCUCCUCCUCAUGUAUAUCAACCACUUCCUCCUCCACAUCCCCAACAGCACUACCAAGUGUCACCUCCGAUCAAUUACCAUCAAGAACGACAAUACUAUCAGGCACCACCUCCACCACCUCCCGAUCAACCACCUCAACAUCAAGAAUACUAUGAAAUGGAUAUCGAAGAUGGAGAGUUAUAA